AUCCAUCAUCAACAUCAUAAAAAUAUAAUUCCAACUUCUUCCCAAUUGAGCCCAAUUCGGGUUUCCUCUGAAAUUUCCCAUCUGCUCAGGCCUCAUACCAGACAGUUCAGCAUUCUUCCAUAUCCACACUCAGGUAAACUUAAAGAUCUAAUAAAUUUAAAAUCAAGGUAAAAAGUAGGGAUCUUGAAGCGAACCAUUCAGAGGUAGAAGAAAGUGCUUCAGAACACUUUGAUUUUAGGUUGUCAAAGAAGGCAGCCCUCAGAUUGCAGAUUGGACUAGUAGCUCCGGGAGAUGGCAAUAGAUGAAGAGUAUGUUCAAGAUUACCAAUCCAAAAAGAAGAAACCUCCUUCUGAGGAUGAGAAAAGAAGAAAAAAGAUUGUGCCAGGAAGUUUGAUGAAAGCUGUGGUCAGGCCUGGUGGCGGCGAAUCAGGACCUACUGAGGGUGAUCAGGUAAUAUAUCAUUGCACAAUUCGAACAGUGGAUGGAGUUACAGUCGAGUCGACACGAUCAGAGCUUGGAGGCAAGGGUAUCCCAACAAGACAUGUUUUGGGGAAGAGCAAGAUUAUUCUCGGGUUGCUCGAAGGAAUUCCCACAAUGUUGAAGGGUGAAGUUGCAGUGUUCAAAAUGAAACCAGAAAUGCACUACAUUGAGGAAGAUUGUCCAGUUUCAGUUUCUGACAGCUUUCCAAAGGAUGUUGAACUUCAUUUUGAGAUUGAACUGAUAGAAUUCUCUAAAGUCAAGGAAAGAUCAUUUCUGUGUGUGGGUGUGUGUAUUUCCAUGUUAUCUACUGUUUGGGUUCACCCUUAUGUUUUCUAUUUUUCCCAUUUAUUCAUUCUUCAGGUUAUCAGUUCUGAUCUGGGAGUUUUGAAGAAGGUUCUGGAAGAAGGGAAGAGUUGGGAAUCACCUCGGGAGCCUUAUGAAGUGAAAGCCAGGAUUUCGGCAAAGUCCGGUGAUGGAAGAGUGAUUCUGUCUCAUACUCGGGAUGAACCAUAUUCCUUUACAUUUGGUAAAUCUGAGGUCCCAGUAGGUCUAGAAAUGGGAAUAGGAUCAAUGUCACUGGGAGAGAAAGCAGUGGUUUAUGUUACACAUCAAUACUUGAAUCAGUCUCCUCUUAUACCUACAACAGAAGGCUUCGAGGAAAUUAUUUUUGAGAUUGAGCUUGUCCACUUCAUUCAGGUACGAGAUGUGCUUGGAGAUGGACGCCUAAUCAAACGCCGUAUUCGCGAUGGAAGAGGUGAGUUUCCUAUGGACUGCCCUCUCCAGGACAGUUUUUUGCGCGUCCACUACAAGGGUAUGCUUCUCAAUGAUGAGAAAACGGUCUUCUAUGAUACUAAGCUUGACAACAAUGGCCAGCCUCUGGAAUUCAGUUCUGGAGAGGGUCUUGUUCCUGAAGGAUUCGAAAUGUGUGUCCGUCUAAUGGUGCCUGGGGAGAUAGCUCUUGUCACAUGCCCUCCUGAUUAUGCCUAUGAUAAAUUCAAAAGGCCUGCUAAUGUUCCUGAAGGUGCCCAUGUCCAAUGGGAGAUUGAGCUUCUAGAUUUUAACACACCAAAGGACUGGACUGGCCUUGGUUUUAGGGAAAUAAUGGAUGAUGUUAAGAAGAUCAGAGGCACGGGAAACAGGCUUUUUGGUGAAGGGAAGUUUGAGCUUGCAAAGGCAAAGUAUGAUAAGGUUCUUCGCGAAUUUAAUCACGUUCAUCCUCAAGACGACGAAGAGGGAAAGGAAUUCUCAGAAACCAGGAACUUGUUGCAUCUUAAUGUUGCUGCCUGCUAUCUGAAGUUGGGAGAGCACAAAAAGUCCAUAGAGACAUGUAACAAGGUGUUAGAUGCAAAUCCUGUACAUGUCAAAGCAUUUUAUAGACGGGGAAUGGCUCACAUGGAAGCUGGAGAUUUUCAAGAAGCAAGGGAUGACUUUAACAAGAUGAUAAGCAUCGACAAGUCAGUCGAGUCAACCGUAAAGGCAGCUCUGGCAAAACUUAAAAAGGAAGAGCAGGAAGUAGAGAAGAGAGCUCGUCAGCAGUUCAAAGGGUUGUUCGACAAGAAGCCUGGAGAAAUCGCCGGUGGCGGAGAUGUGGUGGCUACUGAGAGUCACAAAUCCGGCGACGAAACCGGACGCCGCUUGCUUGCGACUGAAGAUUGCAUUGACCAGAGGGACCCACUUCCGCCUCGCGGGGGUUUCGUGUCCAAGUUCAGAAGGAUCUUUGAAUCUCUCGGCAUAAACAGAUGCACCAUAUUGUGACUGUAAGUUUGUUCUCUUUGUAGCUUUUAUGUCAUUUUCUUUCUUGAAAACAUUAGAGACUAGUUUGAAUGUGUUUGAACAAAAGAAAACUACACGAGAAAGAGAAAUAUGGCAAGAAUUGUGCUAAUAAGUUUUGACCUUUAGG